AUGCAGGUUCAUGGUAAAAGUUCACUUGGUAAUUUUAUUCUUAAAAAGAAUGUGUUUAGUGUUAGUGUUAAUCCUAAUUCUGAAACCAAUGAAACAAAAGGAUAUUCCGGAACAGGUGAUAGAAGUGAUAUAUUUGUUAUUGAUACACCUGGUUUUAACGAUUCUAAAGGUCCAGAAAGUCAAAGAGAAUAUAUGAAUCAAAUGGUAGAUUAUAUUAAAAAAGAAGGAGAAGGACUCCGAGCCAUUGUUGUUGUAUUAAAUUUUAAUGAAGUUAGACUUUCAGAAAAUAUUAAAAUAAUGAUUAGAAUAAUAGCUAAUGCCUUUCCAAUUGCUGGCUUUUGGAAACAUGUUUGUAUAGUAUGGACAUUUUGUGAUUGUUAUAAACCUCAAGUGUAUUAUAAUAAAGAACUGAUGGAUUUUAUUAACCAAACAACAGGAAGUGAACGCAUCAUUUUCCCAAUGUUUUUUGUAAACUCAAAACCACUUGCAGGAUAUGAUAACUCUAGAUCAGAGAAUGAAAUUGAAUCUCUUUUAAAAUGGGCAAGAAAGUUAUCAUUUAUUGAUGUUGAUAAAGUUGUAAAGAGGGACAUUUUCUAUGAAUCUGUUAUUCUAGAAGAGAAAGAUGAAGAAAUAAUCAUAAAUAAAACAAAAAGUAGUUUAACAAUUCAAAUCAACCACUUGACUAGGGAGAGAAGAAUUCCUUAUUAUGAGCGUAAACCUGUUUACUCAGAUUGGGAAGUUGGUAGUUCUAAGACUAAAACCAAAGAGUUUCAUAAAGAAUAUGUCCCACAAUAUAUUUACAGAGAUCCACCAAAAGAGAAAAAAGAUGAAGAAGGUAUCGACCUUGACGAAACAAUGCCAAAUUUGCUUGCUGCAGGUGUUAUUGUGGGUACUGUCAUUGCAAGUGUAAUUGAUAGUCGAAGAAAAAAAUAG